AUGAGCUUUUCCUCCAGCCCUAGCAAAAAAAGUAACCACGAGGAAAGAACAGCAAGCAUUUUAAGACGACCGGAAAAAGUAUCUGUUGUUAUUAGAAAGAUAACCCAAGAAACACCAACAGUAAAAAGCUUUGUAUUGGAGCCCAAAGUAACAACGCCAAAAAUAGAUUUUUUACCUGGCCAAUGGCUUGACGUUUUCAUUCCCAAUGUAUCAACUGUUGGCGGUUUCUCAAUUACGAGUACGCCUCGUCAUUUUCAUUUAACGAAUACUUUGGAUCUCGCGAUCAAGUAUUCCACACAUCCCCCUGCUAAAUGGUUUCAUGAGGAGGCAACCUUGGGAAACGUAGUAGACAUAAGAGUUGGCGGAGAGUUUUAUUAUGAUGAUCAGGAAGAGAGAGAAAAUGGAACCCAAUCAAUCGAUAACAUAUCAUUGCAAAAAGAACCGGGGAAAGCAGCAAAUAACAAUAUUGAAAAGAUUCAAUUAUUAUACAGUGCAAAGACACUUGACGAACUGUUAUUUUUUGAGAGAAUUGAGCGAUUAAAGAAAAAUAAUAGUGGUUUAUUUGAUUGUUUUUAUUUCUUGACUCGAGAAGAUUCACCGACAUCAUCCACUACUUUUACUGCUACUACUAAGUCAAUUGAAAACAUUUCUACGUUCAUUUGUCGACAACGAAUAAAUGAAAAAUUCCUGAUCGAUUUAUUAACUGAUGACAACGAUCUUAAGCAUUUAAAGUCCUUUUUGUGCGGACCAACUCAAAUGCAAGAUGACGUUGCUGGCUGGUUGGUGAAAGGUGUUGGAUUAUCGGAGAAUCAGAUUGUACUUGAAAAAUGGGAAUAA